AUGGCUACAGAAAUAGUACAUAACAAGAAGCGACAAAUUGAUGAAUCUGAGUCUGCAGAUAAUACAGAAAUCCUUACUAAGAAGCAGCGACUCAUGGAAAAGUCAGAACUUGACUUCAUCCAAUUCUUGCUUUGCCCUGAGGAUUUGAUGACAACAUCCUUCGACAUUACUACAGAUGAUCCUGUUCCCAACAUCAUUCCGAUAUUUAACUUUUGUUCCCAAGAAGAAAACAAAGACACGUCGUCCAACACUGGUGGAAGUACGAGGAUGGUUGCUGGUUCGUUUUACAUACCAAAGACUAACGAAGAAAAGCCACUAGGAGAAGACGCACACUUUAUAUGUGCAGAGGAGCAGACUAUAGGCGUUGCUGAUGGAGUUGGUGGUUGGGCUAAAAAGGGUAUUGAUUCAGGAAAGUACUCAAGGGAAUUAAUGGAAAACGCUGAAUUAUUCAUUCAAAAACAGAAACAAGAUGAUAAAAGUAGUACGACUAAUAUUGAUUUGAUGAACGUACUUAAUGAAGCUUUCUUGAAUACAAAGGCUAUGGGUUCUUCUACUGCUUGUAUGUUGACGCUCGCUAAUGACACUCUGCAUGCUGUUAACGUGGGAGAUAGCGGGUUCGUGGUGAUCAGAGACGGGGUAAUUGUGUACAAAUCGGAAAUUCAGCAGUCGAGGUUUAACUGUCCUUUUCAGUUGGGGAAUAGCAAACAUUCUAAUGAUCCAAGUGUUGCAGAGAAGAUUAGUUUUCAGGUGAAAGCAGGAGAUAUAAUAGUGAUGGGAACAGAUGGAUUGUUCGAUAAUGUUCAUGAUUUUGAGUUAGAACUUGUUGUGAACAAUGGAGUGGACUCGUGGGAAUCGGAUGCGCCUGAUACAUUGGCAUGGAGGAUAGCGCAAUAUGCACUGGAGAAUUCUAAGAACACAGAGCUUUACACGCCUUAUGUUAGGGAAUGUUCCAAAGCUGGACUUGAGCACAGUGGUGGAAAGUAUGAUGAUAUUACAGUCAUAGUAGCCCAUAUUUGGCCUUUCUAGUACUCUGCUUUAUGAUGUCUAAUCUAACUUUUUUCUUUUCUUUUUUGGCGAAAUUAGAGUUAACAAUUCUUGGUAGUUGUGAAAAUUGAUUCGA